AUGGAUGAGAUAAUCAAGGAAAUAUCAAAAAAAUUAAAUAUAACAAUUUUUGAGCUACGUAAGAUUAUUUCACAAAUAUUAGUUAAAGAAACAUAUCAGGAAGAUCUUAUAGAAUUACUUGGAUACGAAAACAUUUCUUUAGCAGAACAAAUAUGUAAAAAUAAAGAGUUUUUUGAAACAAAAGAAGAAAGCGGAGAAAACAAAAAAUAUUAUGCUGAAUUUUGCUUACCAGAAAUAAAAUCAGCAAAUAUUGAUGAAAAGAUUCUACUGUCUACUAGUUGUACAGAAGAAGAUGCUAAAUUUUUUGAAUAUACAAAAUUUAAUUUUAUUCAAUCUCAAGUUUUUGAAUGUGCAUACAAAACAGAUACAAAUUUUUUAGUGUGUGCACCGACAGGUUCUGGGAAAACAGAUGUUGCUCUUCUUGGGAUUUUAAGAGCUUUAAAAAGAAAAAAUAGUAAAAUUAUUUAUAUUGUACCGAUGAAAGCACUGGCUUGUGAGAUUACGCAUAAAUAUAAAUCUAAACUUAAAAAUUAUAAUGUUAUAGAAUUUACAGGGGAUACGGAACUUUCCAAUAGAGAUUUAUUAAAAAGUGAUCUUAUUAUUUGCACGCCUGAAAAAUUUGAUGCAUACACUCGUAAACUAAAUAAUAUUUUUCAAAAUUUUAUCAAUCUUGUAAUUAUUGAUGAAAUACACAUUUUACAAGAUGAUAGAGGAAGUGUGUUAGAAUCUAUUGUAUGUAGAAUAUUUAGAUAUAUAGAAUUACAACAAAAGCAUAUAAGAAUAAUUGGGUUGUCAGCUACUCUACCAAAUUAUGAAGAUGUGGGGAAAUUUUUAAAAACCAACAAAAUCUUUUAUUUUGAUCAAAGAUAUCGACCUGUUUCUUUAAAAACAUCAAUUAUAGGAAUUUAUCAAAAUACAACAAGAAAACAAGCUGAUGCAUUAUUUGUUGAAAAAAUUGAAAAAUUUAGACGAGAUAAAAAGCAAGUUUUAAUUUUUGUUACUGCUCGACAUGAAACCAUUAAUACAUCUAAAUUAUUAAUUAACACCGAGUAUACAACCAAUUUAGAUCGAAAAUGUAAACUAAAUGAUAUUCUUGAAUAUCUAUUAAUUCACAAAAUAGGAAUACAUCAUGCUGGAUUACCUAGAAAUAUUAGAUUGUACAUGGAAAAUAAAUUUAAAAAAGGAGAUAUUGAUAUUUUAGUGUGUACAAGUACAUUGGCUUGGGGAGUUAAUUUACCAGCCCACGUUGUUGUUAUUAAAGGUACUACAUUUUACGAUCCUACAUUAGGAAAAUUUAAAGAUCUUGGAAUUUUAGAUGUUUUCCAAAUAUUCGGUAGAGCGGGUAGACCUCAAUACAAAAUAACAGGAGAAGCAGUUUUGAUCACUGAAUAUAAAAAAGUCGGAAGUUAUCUUAACAUGAUAAAAAAUAAUCAAGACGUAGAAAGUAAGUUAUUACGACACGUAGCAAAUUUAAUAAAUUCUGAAAUUUAUCUUAAUAGCAUAAAUAAUAUUACAGAAGGAUUAAAUUGGUUUAAAAAUACGUUUAUGUAUGUUAGAUCUAAAAAGAAUCCUAGCCUGUACGGAUUAGAAGAAAAAGAAAUAAAUGAUGAGGAUACUGUGUUAUCAGAAUAUAUUUAUCUUACAGUUAUGAGAUUAGAAGAAUGUGGAUUAAUAACUGUUUACAAAAAUGACUCAGAGUCCUACCUUCUUUGGAAGUUUUAUUCUACCGAAUUCGGUAGAAUUUCAUCAUUUUAUUAUUUAGACCAUGAGACAAUUUAUGAUUGGAUUAAAAAUAUAGACUUUUUGUGUUCUACAGAUGACAUCCUUAAGUUACUUUUAACAAAUAAGGAUUUUACAAAUAUUCAAAUUAGAAAAGAUGAAGAAUAUAAUUUAGCAGAAAUGGCUUCUAAUCUUAACAUUGAAAUUAAAAAUACUACAGAGUUUAAAUUGUUGGUUCUUGCAAUUGCACACAUUAAAAAAUAUCCGAUUUCCAAUUUUGCUUUAAAAUGUGAUUUAGGAUUUGUUGCCAAAAAUAUUGAAAGAAUUCUUAGUGCAUUUAUAGAAUUUCUACUUUACAUGAAAAGAUGGAAUCUUUUGCUAUUUUCUUUAGAGAUCUUUAGUAAAUUACAACCCACUACUAAAAUUUUAAAAGAAAAGCAAAGUUAUACAAUUAACUUAUUAGAUUGUGGUUCUUAUAUAUAUUAUAUCUUUAAAUCUGAUAGACUUAAAUAUUUUUAUCUUAUCUUUUAUAUUGACAAUCAACCUGUUUUUAUAACCAGAGAAUGUAAUGCCUUUAUAAGAAUUGAGAAACAGCCUUUUUAUAAAAUUGUUGUUUAUGAUUUAGCAUCAAAUAAAUUUUAUGAAGAAUUUUGUAAAGUUGGAGUGAAUGAAACUAUUGAUGAUUUUUUAAAAACUGGUUAUCACAGUUGUGAAGACAUAAAAUUACUUAAUAUUCAUAAAAAGUGUCAACAUAUUAAAUUGGUUGACGACUUAAUAAGAAAACAAUAUGAUACUACCGGUACAUUAGUUUUAAGUGGUAAAUAUGACGUAGAUAUAAACUUUUAUGUAACAAACAUGUACUUUUACAAAGAAGUACUAAAGCAAUUUGUUACUUUUUCUUUAGAACAUUUAAAAAACGAAUCUCGAUUGUUGAUUGUCUGUCGAGAGAAAAGUGAGUAUCAGAUGCUUAGUCAGGAAAUUCUCACGAGAUUGGCACUUGAUAGUUUUGAAUCUGGUACAAAAUGUAAACGCAAGGUUGUACACGAGAUAAAUAAAAUUUCAAAAAAUACUAUUUGCAUUGUGACAUUCUCUGAAGCAAUGUUAGUGACUGAUAACGUUUUUGUAAUUUUAUUAUCUUGUAGAAAUUCUUUAAAUGAAUUUUUGUCAAUUUAUGAUAUUUUACAAUUGUGUCAUCGAAAGAAAACAAUUAUUUACGAAUGUGAAGAAUUUAUAGAAUAUUUUAGAUAUUUUAUUUUGGAAGAAUAG